CGCGCGCGAAGGAAGAAGCGGCCGAGAGGAAGCGCGGGAUGUCACGGCAGGUCGUAUCGCUAUCGCAGAUGCUGGGGCACGACGGAAGGAAGCGCGAUGGGCAUGGCGCAGCGCUGCGGCCGCCAUCGUACCGCGGGACGACGCCCCAUGGAAGCGGCCAUGCACCGAGGAGCAAUAACCACAUGCAGCCCGUCUUCCGAUCGACAGGGUAUCGACCGACUCAACCUCCGAUCCAAGACGACUACGGCUCCCAGCGCUACACGGGGGCCUCGCAGGCGACGAGCUACACGUCCGAAGAGCCACAAAGCCUCUCCCAAGCGACGACGACAUUUGCCUCGGCGAGCCAGGACGAGAUAGUUCCGCUGCCCGCUCUGCUGCACUCUCGAUAUUCACGUAUGCUCAUGAGCAUGACGGACGCCCAACGAUCGACCAUCUCGCACGCGACCCCCUCCUCUACGUCCGCUGGUCCAGACCCCGACGCAAGAAGUGCUUGCUCCGCUUCUACCGAAGUCGACGAGGUUGCUUUGGCGAGGGCCGAGCAAAAGAAGCGGAAACGCGAUCAGCUUGACGCAGAGAAGCAAGAACGACGUCAUGUGAAAGAGCAGCGCCGCAUCCAAGCAGAGACCGAGAAAGCCGCCCGACGAGCAUUGAAGCAGACAAUGGAUGACGAAAAGCGAGCCAAGAAGGAAGCGCAAGAAGCAGCGCGGCGUUUGCACGAGUCGACCCAAGCGGAAGCCAAGCUGCGCCGUCGUGGCGAGAAGGAGAAGCUGCGACUUGAGGCGCUCAAGAAGGCUCAAGACGACGCGGCGGCAGCCCUCUUGGGCAAAGUCGUUCGUCGGCAGGAGAAGCGCCGGAUUGCGACCGAGCAUGACAAGCGACUGCGUGCCUUGGAGUCAAUGUUGCAUGCAGCGGAGAAGAGUCGCACCGAAGAGACGAGGCGCGCGUUGCGCAUGGAAACCCAAAUCAACACGCUCGCUGCAGCCGUCGAGCGGGCGCUUCUGGAGGUGCAUCCGGAAGGAUGAUGUUCAUUCGCUGUAUCUAACCCCUCUUGCAGAAAGCUGGACUGGCAGAGACCUUGAUGGACCAGAAGAAUGCUCUUGCCGCGUGCACUUCGGACCUCCAGAAAGCAGUUCAUAAUCUCGUCAGCGCCAACGCCCCUACGAAGCGCCAGGUGCAAGUCGAGUCGUUCACCCCGGUGGCGCCUACUCCCAAGCCCCAACGUCGUGCACGGUCGUCUGCGGUGCCAAACGCUGACGGUCCGCCGACGUUGCGACGGUCGCUUCGCAUGGCACAACGUGUGAACCGCGCCUUGGUCGUGGACCCGCCCGACGCCGUCGUUCGUCAGCCGCCGCCGGCCGAGGCGCCUACCGACAUCGACUAUGGAUGCUUGAUCGCACUGGACAUGAUCGAGAAGGCGCGGGCGAAGAAGCGGCGAAAGGAGGUAGCACAGGAGUACUGAUCGUUGUAACAAGACACGCUUCAUAUUCUUACGGGCGGCGCACGGGGCCGUGCCUGC